AUGGCAACGUACAUUUUUGAUAAUAUUAGUUUGGGAGUGCUCAUUAAGUGCUUGUUGCCGUUCAUAGAGUUGAUGAUCACGGAGAAGGACCCAGAACAACUUCAGGGAAACCCAUUCAAGUACGACACCGGGUCGGAAGACCAGAAGAUAGAUAUUAGAAAUGUGGGUAUCGGGUCAUUGGUGGAAUCGACACUGAAGAAAAACUUACCGUUUAGACUUUUGACAUCGCUCAUCUUGGCUGCCGUUAUUUGCACAAUCGUGGGUAGUACUAGUAUCAGCUCCGAUGGAAAUAAUAGUGGAUCGACCCCAUUAAAGGUCGGGACAAUUCUUUUUUUGGUUCUGAUUGUGGUUAUGGGAGUGUUCAUCGUGUGGGGACAUAUAUUGAACAAGGACCACCAACUUAUGGCAAAGAUAUUGCUUGUAUCUAUUGUUUUCUACAUUAUCAGAGCUGUCUACUCAAUCUUGUCUUCAUUUGCAGGUAUCAAUUUUGAAAACCCUAGCAAGUAUCUCAUGAUUUUUGGAAAAUAUCAGUACUACACAUUCAUGGGCUUCUUAGAAGAAUGCAUCAUUAGUAUAAUCCUAUUAAUCAACUUGAUUGUUUUUCAUUCACAACCAAUAAUGUAUUAA